AUUACCAAGGGUAUAGUCUCUUGCCACGACGAAUAAUUGCUGUGCAAUUUGGCGGUGGAAGAGGGUCGUGCUACAAUUUCGUCGUUCUCGCGCAAUUCUCCGAUUCGAUCAUGAACGAUGAAGGCAAGAACAGGGAUGUCGUCACCGAUCCCCUAAACCAGCCUUACUAUGGCACGUUUCAAGGCGUCGCCAACUACUAUCCGAAUCCGACUGCUCCACCUCCACCGCCGCAACCUCAGCCGGCGGUAGGAUUUCCUCAGCCCAUUCCGCCACCGGCAACGUACGGUGGUCAUUAUUACCAUGGAUAUCAAACCGUUCCAGGUUAUGUUGUUGCUGAAGGAAGGCCCAUGAGGGAACACCGUCUUCCUUGUUGUGGACUUGGUCUGGGUUGGUUCUUGUUUAUAACGGGAUUCUUUCUUGGUGGCAUUCCCUGGUAUGUUGGAACUCUUGUGCUACUAUGUGUACAGAUGGAUUACCGAGAAAAGCCUGGAUUAGUUGCAUGCACAGUUGCUUUUCAUCAGUACCAGGUCGUUGGGAGGGCCCUGCCCACGGAAUCAGAUGAACAUCCCAAGAUUUACCGCAUGAAACUCUGGGCCACGAACGAGGUUCGCGCCAAGUCGAAGUUCUGGUACUUUUUGAGGAAACUGAAGAAGGUUAAGAAGAGCAAUGGUCAAGUGCUUGCUAUCAAUGAGAUUUUUGAGAAGAACCCAACCAAGAUCAAGAACUAUGGCAUCUGGUUGCGUUAUCAGAGUAGGACUGGCUAUCACAACAUGUACAAAGAGUACCGCGACACCACUCUAAAUGGUGCAGUGGAGCAGAUGUACAAUGAGAUGGCUUCCCGUCACCGGGUCCGUUUUCCCUGCAUUCAGAUCAUCAAGACGGCCACCAUCCCAGCUAAGCUUUGCAAAAGGGAGAGCACCAAGCAAUUCCACAACUCAAAAAUCAAGUUCCCAUUGGUUUACAGGAAAGUCAGGCCACCCACCAGGAAGCUUAAAACCACAUACAAGGCCAAAAAGCCUAACUUGUUUAUGUAAUGUGUUUCUGGUAGAAACGUUCCGUCGGCUUCUUGAUUAGCUGAUUUUGUUUUGAGAAUCUUAGAACAUUGUCACUUGGUUGAAGCUUUUUUGUAUUUUGAUGAUUCUAUUGGAUCUGAUCUUAUAUAUUUAUGAUUUUAGGGUAGGAAUGAACAAAUUUAUAUUUACUUUA